GCAAUCUUGGUAAACAGAUCUGAAGUAUUUGAUCCACAUUCUUUAGUCAUGCCUAGAAUCCCUCUACGAUUUCCUGUUCCUGGUGAAUCCAAAAUUGCGGAUGAAAUCAGAAAACGUCGUCACCCAAGGGAUUUGAUCUCACUCGAUGGUGUUUUACUUCACAACCCUUCUAUUGCGAACGGUUGGAAUAGUUUAAUAGGACCGAUCAGAAGUGAGAAUAGUCUACCAGCGGACAUACGGGAAUUAUUGAUUCUCCGAGUGGCAGCUCUCAACUCUGCGGCUUAUGAAUGGGUUCAGCAUGAGACUAUCGCAAGAGCAGCAGGAAUGUCAACUACUCAAUUAUGUAGAGUUCGCGAUAUUGUGAAACCCCUUAGCGAUCCUCACCAUCAGCUCUCGCCAUCGCAGAUCACCGCUUUAGCCUUUGCCGACGCUGUUACUCGUACUUUGGAUAUACCUGAUGAACUGAUUGAGGAAUUCAAACAAAAUCUUGGCGGACCAGAGCCUGAUCGGGCCCUACUUGAUGCUACUACAACUGUGGCGGCCUAUAAUAUGGUCUCAAGAGUACUUAUAACACUCGAUGUAGCUGAUGAUAAAAGAGCGCCUGUUCCUCUGCCAGGCUUGGUUACUACUCAUCACCGGCUCACUAUGCGUGAUGGAACUGAACUGGAGGUCUGUACUCGAGCUGUUCCAGCAGAUCAAGAACCUGGUCGACCAUGGAUCGUUUUUGUAAACUCUUUACUUGUAGAAAUGUCAAUGUGGGAAGAAGUCUUACCAAGCUUCGCAAAGAAAUUCAACCUGCUAUGCUUCGAUCAACGUGGACACGGAAAAUCUGCUGUGCCUCCCGAACCUUGUACAAUAGAAGGUCUUGUGGAAGACGUGACCGAAAUUGUAACCCAGCUAGGCUUAUCGGUUCCAAUUCAUGGUAUCAUCGGAGUUUCACAAGGCGGAGCUACUGCACUUGGAUUGGCUGCUCACCACCCUGAUCUCUUCGAGAAAUUGGUCGUUUGUGACUCUCAACCUGCUUCACCCAAUAUAAGUCGAUCUCUAUGGGAAGCUCGCUUAGGGUUGAAAGAGAAUCAGGGUUCCCGUCACUUAGCUGAGGUUACCGUUCAACGCUGGUUCCCAUCGGCUUCAGGACUACACCUUCCAGAAAGUCGACUUGGAAAUAAGAUCAGAAGAAUGGUCGAACAUACCAGUCUAGAAGGAUUUAGAGCUGGAUGCGCUGCUUUAUGUGAUUAUAAAAUCGAUGAAAGCAAAAUGAAUGGCACUAAGAUUCUUUUAGUAGCAGGUGAAGAAGAUGGAAAGUUACCAGAGGUUUUGAAAGGUUUAGGAGAGAGGAUUGGAGCUAGGUAUGAAAAUGUUCCAGGAGCUGGACACUUACCUAUGGUCGAUCAACCUGCUGGGUUUUUGAAAGCUAGUGGAAUCAUUCUUGGAGUUAUAACGUUGAUCAAAUGGGUGAAAAGAAGAUGGUAGAUGACUUGAAAAGAAUGAUCAUGUAGAAUUAUAUAAAGU